AUGUCUCCUCCAGAAAUCCAGGUCCCCCCCUCAGACGUCGCUGGGGAGACGUCUGUGCAAGUAGGAGAAAGCGAGGAAUCUCGAAAUGAUACAACUGCAAAGAACGUGAGCAGCAAUGCUGAAUCGAAGGUUGACGAGACUGUUGCAGGUGUGGCUGAUUCCCCUCAACAAAAGGAGGACACGGUUGAAGCUUCGAAUAUAGAUGAAGAACCCUCUUCACCCGCUGAAAAUGACGGACAAUCCUCGUCACAGCCACAGCAGCAGCUGUCUAUUCAGUCCAAGCGCAGGAAUCCUGGCCAACUGCUUCAUGUGGACGUAGCAGGUGGCCAGCCGCCUCUCCCCCCUAAAAAAGACGAGCCUUAUAUCGAUCCCACCCCUAAAACUCCGCAGGUUUCACGACCUCCAGCGGAUAAGGACCUACCUGAAGUUCCUCAGGAUGACUUACUCGACGACAGUUGUCAACCCAAAGCCGAGAGUGAGGAGAGGAAGAGCGAAGAUUCUCAGUCGGAGAUACAGACAAUCAUGGAUCAAUUUUCGGAUGAGACCAGCAGCCUCCGCCAGGAAGAGAUCAUGUCUCCAAGACUAGAGUUAGCUGACCAGUUUCGGACCGGCCAGGGACACUUCCCUCCUCGGAAUUCAAGUUUAGAACAGCAGCCUGCAAAACAAAACGAUGAAUCGGCAGAUACCCAAGCUGCAUCAAAUUUAACAAGCACCGGCAGCAGCUGUCAGGCAAUGUCUCCUCCCGCUGUACCACCUAAGUCCCCAUCCCUGACCAGCGCAGGGAAAAUGGUAGCUGUGGAAAAGCCUGAUACUCACCACAGCCCAUCAACGCCAACGUCAACGGUUCCUCCACCACCAGAGCCAGAAACAGAACAGCCAUUUGACUUCCAUCGCUUCCUGGAACAACUGCGACAUCGGACUGCUGAUCCAGUAGCCAAAUUUCUACGCUCAUUCCUGAAUGAAUUUGGAAAGCGUCAGUGGAUGGUUCACGAACAAGUUAAGAUAAUAAGUGAUUUCUUAGCAUUCAUCACUAACAAAAUGGCCCAAUGUGAGGUAUGGAAGGGUGUAUCUGACGUUGAGUUUGAUAACGCCAAAGAGGGAAUGGAGAAGCUUGUUAUGAACAGACUUUAUACCCAAACAUUUUCCCCAACCAUUCCACCACCGGCAGCCCCCUCGCGAAGUAGAAGCCGGGGGAGGAGAAAGGAAAUAGAGAGGAUGCAUCAUCCCGGUAGACGUGGCCAGCACCAGGAAGACGUUGAGCGUGAUGAGAUUCUGGCUCAGAAAGUUCGGAUAUAUAGUUGGGUUCGCGAAGAACAUCUUGAUAUCCCGCCCGUUGGCCCAAACGGCCGUCGUUUUCUGCUUUUGGCGCAACAAGGACUGUUACGCCAUGCAAAGAACAGCGAUACCUCGGCCGACUCAUUCAUACCUCUAUUGAUAUAUGUGGUUCUCAAGGCGAAUCCUGAACAUCUAGUGUCCAACGUACAGUAUAUUCUGCGGUUCCGCAACCAAGAAAAGCUGAGCGGUGAGGCAGGAUAUUAUUUGUCUUCUCUUUCUGGAGCCAUCCAGUUCAUAGAAAGCUUGGAUAGGACAUCCUUAACUGUCAGCGAUGAGGAAUUCGAGCGAAAUGUAGAAGCAGCCGUUUCUGCCAUAGCAGAGCGUAAUCCAGACCACGAGGAACCACCAUCCGUACCCGAAAAGCUACCUGCUAGCAGAGCACGAGAAACAGCAUCACGGCCCUCUUUUGAAGGACACUCGAACUCGCGGCAGAAUGAGCACUCGCCCCCCUACUCUCCUGUUUCCGACGAUAACACCCCAGUUGCCGGAUUGCUACGAACCAUCCAGAAGCCACUGACGACAAUUGGUCGUAUAUUCUCUGAUGAUACAGAUCAUUCUAGAGAACGAUCCCCUUUCAAUCAACAGAGUUCAGCGACUUCUGAGAAUGUGCCAUACAAUGGGCAGCGCCCGGACAGUGAUUCGUGGAGAAACCAGGAGGGAUCCAGGGGUCGUGAUGGAAAAUCACCAUCUCUAGCUACCCGCUUUGAAGCGCAGGAGGCUGCGGCCCGUCAAGCAAGUGCCGAGUCCGCGGAGGCUCGUCGUAUCCAGCAAGCGGAGCACAACGAUGUUGUCGAGACACUCGCUGGUAUGUUCCCGAAUUUAGAUAGAGAUUUGAUCGACGAUGUUGUCACCAUGAAAGAAGGACGGUAA